AUGGACAUGCUCCCAGAAAACCUCCAAACCCUCCUCACCCACCCGACAGUAACCUACAUUACCACCAAAACACAAGAUCAAGUAACGACCCACCUAAGUAAUCUCCGAGAAACCUACAUCCAGCCCUACAUAAUCACCCCACUCUCCACCCUCCUAACCUCAUCAACAACGAGCGCGAUGCCGGACCUCGUGCAACUCCUCAUCUUGGCGAUUAUCCUCUUCAUCUCGCUCAAGGUGCUGGACUACGCGCGUCGCGUGAUCAUGUUCUGGGUCAUGCUGGCCUUUAGACUUGUUUUCUGGGGCUCGUUGCUUGGGAUGGGAUUGUACGUUUAUCGCGUCGGGGUCGAGAAUGCGGGCAGGGAUUUGGGCUGGCUUUGGGGGGUUGUGCAGGGGUUUGUGGAGGAUUUCCAGGCGCGCGCUACCAAUAAUGGGAGUGAAAGUGGGUGGAAUGGUGCUGGGGCGAAGAAGGGGUAUAGUCGGUGGUAA